AUGCCACAUUAUUAUCCGUUGCGCACUUUGCCACCCUACGAGGCAAGCCCCCGGGGUGGUGAAGAAGCCUUGUGGAGCUGUGAUGAUGGUAGUCAAGCAUUUGAUGAACUUAGAUUGAAGAUUACUGAAUCAGUAGAGAACAUCAAGCAUGCUUAUCGGCAAGUCCGUUUGGCUUGCUUUGGCGUCUUGCAAUCUGGAUCAUCUUCGCUCAUUGUGUCUACCCAGACCAAUAGAUCUCUGAAGCAUCACUUGAAGAUACUCUAUGAGGGGCUUCAAUUCCUGAGCAGCAUUCUCCAAAAGCAGCAAGAGAAGUAUGAUGGACUACCUCGAAGAACCCAGGAUCUUAUUGGAGCUGUGGUCGAAGAUGCUGCAAUUGUAAUUUUCUCACUUUAUCAGAAGAAAAUCCGAGAAGCUUCGGCCAAGGAAACAGAUGUUAAGCUCUUUUGUUUACUGUACAAGAUUAAGCUUAUUAAGGCAGAAGUUGAGGAACAGCAUCCUGUCGAUUUAAGGUUUAACUUUCCUACGACCAGUGAACUGGGGUUUAUCGAUCUUCACCUACAAAAAUUGAAGGAACUGGCAAGCAGUAAAGUGGAUCCACUUGCUUUUGCUAGGGAUGGAGCUGGCUUCUUAAAAACGUACUUGAAGAAGACCGAGGAAGAUUCCCGAAGGUCUUUAAAGCAGGAAGUUCCAAAAGGGCUCCGAUUACCUUGGCUGAAUGAGAUGGAGCAGCACGACCUGCAACACAAGCUCCAACUUCAAAGAUUGAAAAAAGAUAUUUCAUUCUUAAGAUCAUUUUUGAAAAAUUAUUUGGAGCAGCACAGCCGGAAAGACAAUCUCAACCUUCAAACAAUGCAAGAUGGUCUUUUAUUCUUAAGAUCGUGGUUGGAGAAUCAUGGGGAGCAAUGCAAUCAGCACAAAGAACUUCAAGCCCUUUGGAGUCGUGUUAUAGAGGUAGCAUAUGAAACAGAGUUUGUUUUUGACUCCUUAAUAGUUGGAGAUAUAUCAUUUUAUUCCCUGCUAUUAUUUGAUAAGAUCACACAAAAAGUUAAGCUUCUUAAAGGUGAAGCCCUGAAGAUUCAUGACAAAAAUUAUGUCUUCAAAUCCCUGACAGCUAUCACAAGUUGUUUAAAUUGUUCCCCAACAACAAGAAGCAAGUGGAGUGGCAGUAACAAAGAGCUUAGUACUGAUAGUGCUACUCAAAUUGAAGCUGUGGUGGGUUUGAAUGAGGUAGAAGUGAUAAUCAAUCAACUUAAAGGAGGAUCAAUGCAGUUGGACAUGCUUUCCAUUGUGGGGAUGCCUGGGAUAGGUAAGACAACUCUGGCACAAAAGGUUUACCAUGAUCCUUCAGUUACAUCUCACUUCCAUGUUCGUGCUUGGUGUUGUAUCUCUCAAACAUAUAACAAGCGAGAUCUGUUGUCUGAGAUUUUGGCUUGCAUUGAUCAGAAAGCUCAAUUUUCUGAGAUGAAGGAAGAUGAUGAUUUGGCUGAUAUAAUCCGUAAAAACUUGAAGGGAAAGAAAUAUCUCAUAUUUCUGGAUGAUGUAUGGGAUAUUGAGGCAUGGCAUACUUUGAAAAUAUCGUUUCCUGAUGAUGCCAAUGGAAGCAGAAUUCUCUUAACAAGUCGGGAUCAUGAGAUUACUGGAAAUCGUCAUGUUGUUCAGCUACUUACUGAUGACGAAAGCUGGGAAUUACUACAGACAAAUGUGGCAAAUGCUAGAGAAGAAGUCUACCCUCCAGAACUGAAUGUUCUUGGGAGGAAAAUAGCAAGAAACUGUAAGGGGCUGCCUUUAUCAAUUGUCAUCAUAUCUGGAAUUCUUGCUACUCUAGAUCAAGCUGGUUGGGUGGAAGUCUUGAAUAGCCUAAGUUCAAACAUAGUUUGUGACACGGAUCAAUGCAAGAGUAUACUGGAAUUGAGUUACAUACAUCUACCUGAUCAUUUAAAGCCAUGCCUCCUUUACUUUGGAGCAUUUAGAGAAGAUCAAGCAAUUCCUACCCAGAGGUUGAAGUGGUUAUGGAUCGCUGAAGGAUUUGUUCAGAAGAAUGAGUCAAAAAGCCCAGAAGAAAUUGCAGAAGGCUAUAUAACGAGUCUAAUUAAGAGAAGCUUGGUUACAGUGGGGAAACAGAGAUCUUUAGGCGGGGUCAAGACCUGCCACAUUCAUGAUUUGUUGCAUGUGUUUUGCAAGGGAAAAGCCAAAGAUAUAAAUUUUCUACAAGUGUCUAAGGAGGCGUUUGAUGGGCCACACCACCUACGUCGGUUAUCAUACGGCUCUGAUCUCAAAGGACAUUGUUUACUGCCUAAAUCUCUGUGGAACAUGCAGAAAUUGAGGCAUCUCCAUGUGCAUGGUGCUUUCAUUGAUAUUAGGUUGGCCAAUGACAGCCUUGACAGCUCCUCCACUUUAUAUGAUUUAGCCACCUUUUCCACUCCAAAGUUUUAUCUGGGGCAAAGCAUGGUACAGAUGAUGAGAAAGUUUCCAAAUGUUCGUGAACUGAAAUGCCGUUUGCUAGAAUCCGAAGAAUCUAUUGGGGAGAGCAACGCCAUUGCGGAAAUGGGCUUUCUGACUCAACUAGAAUCACUAAAGCUGACUCUAGGUAAUGUGACAGCACAUCAUAUUGAAUUUCGUCUCCCCUUAAAUCUUAAACAGCUGACCCUUGAGUACUUUCCUUGGAAUAUGAUUUCCACAAUAAAAGAAAUACAUAAUCUUGAGGUUCUUAAAAUACUUCAACCAGCUGAUGGAGUAGAGGAAUGGGACAUGGAAGACAUGGAAGAAGAGGAAAUCUUCCCAAAACUCAAAUUCUUGAAAUUGGAAUCCUUGCAGACAGUCAGGUGGAGAGGCUCAGGACAUCAUUUUCCCAGUCUUGAGAAAUUAGUUUUGGAACGUUGCAAGGAAUUGAAAGAGCUGCCUUCUUGUUUAUGGGAAACAUUAACUCUUCAAUUGAUUGAGGUGCAUGGAUGUCUACGCUCUACUGGAGGUUUUGUUCGAGAUAUCAAGGAACAGCAGGUGGACUACGGAAAUGAGGAUCUGAAAAUCCUUAUCUCAGGUGAAAUUGAUCUGAAAUAA